UUUAGAUGUUCGCUCAUAACUUUAGAACUACAGUUCACAAUUCCACAAGUGAGGCAUCAUUAUACUUGUCUUCAUUGUGCGAUGGGGUGUGGGGUGAUGAGCUGGAGCAGCAGUGGCUGGCCAAACAGCUGGAGCAGGUGCGACGAGCAGUUCGCGCGCAACUUAAAACUUAGCCACUAGAUCUAUAUGCUGUAAAGUCAUAGUGAAAUAAAUAUUGGUACUGUUUUGUUUUAAGUAUUUUACGAGACUAUUUUUCCUUUUUUUACCCUACAAGUUACGGAGAAGCAAAAAAGAGAAUAAGUUUAUGAAUUUUCUGGACGCUUCGCUUCAGACGACACGUUAAGCCGUGGGUCCCGGUUGCCUUCGGGCGGCUUGAAAACACCUGACAGUCGGGUUGUCCACUUACCCGUUAACUAGCUCAGCACAAGCUUGCUUGUGUUGGCGUCCACCGAACGGCUCCAGCAGUGCGGACGUGAUGGCUCGUGAUGAUGAUGAUGUGUACAAAGCCAAACUGAAUUCUAAUAGCAAUUUGUACCAGUUAAAAACCUUUGGUAAUGUGAUGAAAGUGAUUGGUAGUGCGAUAGGCUAUUCAUAAUUAAGUUACCAAAGAUCAACACCAACCGCUAAUGUCUUUUCUCACUGAGACUGUUGUUAAUGCGAUAAGUGUGUGUAUUUAAUUGAAUAUGAUGCUUCAAAUUGACAAGCCACAAAUACCUAUUUACUAAAAUCUAUAUGCAGUUGGAUAUCAAUUAGUUACAAUAUAAAACGAAAUAAAAUCUUGAUUUCUCUAUCAUUUCUCAUCUGUCACAGCAAGGGAAAACAGAAUUUCAAAAUGUUCCGCUUCCUUUGUUUAGCUGUGAUAGCUGUUGCUUCGUGCAAUGGCCAGGCCGUCGUGGCUCCUAAGAGCUCGAUAUGUGCUCAGAGGAACAACUACUACAAAGUCGAUGGCAAAUGCGAUGCUUACAUUGAGUGCAAGGACUUCGUAGCGCACGAGAUGCUGUGCCCCGACGGGCUGCACUUCGACCCGCGCGCCGCCUGGCCCGCCUACCCGUGCGGGUACGCCAUCGACAUCUCCUGCGACGGACGCGGACAACCACAGCCAGCAAUCCCAUCAGCCGAGUGCCCCCACCAGUACGGCUUCUACGCAUCUCCCCAAGCGUCCGUCAACGACUGCGGCCAGUACCGCAUGUGCGUGGAGGGCAAGGCCAUCGAGAUGAUGUGUCCCCCGGGCCUGGCCUUCAACCCGGCCACGGCGAGGUGCGACUGGCCUGAAUUCGUCUCUUCGUGCAAUGUUGAAGCAUUCCUCGGAUUCAAGUGUCCAGUGCUGCCGCCUUUGGAAAACGGAGAGCCCAACACCGCCGUCGUCAACUACAAAUACGAGGGUAACUGCUUCGCGUUCUACUCGUGCGAGUUGGGGCGCCCGCGGCUGCUGACGUGCGACGCGGGCUUCGCCUUCAACCCCGCCACCGGGGUCUGUGAAGACGCCGACAAGGUGCAGUGCAAGUGA